GCACGAAACUUAAUUUACCAGCGACGACAACAAUAUACAAAUAAUUCAUUAAUCACACGAGAUCCACGAGAUUCUCCGACGUCAAGCAAACCAACAAGUACAUCUUCAGUAACAUCACAAUGGCUAACACCAACUCAAUCCAAUCAAUCUACAAUAGAACAAAACUUCGUUUCACGUUCUGAUAACUGGCCAUCGUCAGCGAAUGCCAAUGUUUCUACAAGAAAUAGAUUGAGUCCAACUUGGACUAAAUUGGGAAUUCAAUCUGACAUAAAGACUCCAUCAUGGGAGCGACAAACUGUUUAUCAAAAGAAAAUAUCAGCUACUUGGAAUUCUGAGUAUAUAAAAAAGUCAUCUUCUUCAGGACUUUUAUCAUGGCCCGAUGUAUCUGUUGGAUAUCAACAGCAAAGAAGAGGUUCCUUACAGCUUUGGCAAUUUUUAGUUACGUUGUUAGAUGACCCAGCUAAUUCUCCGUGCAUUACAUGGACUGGUCGUGGGAUGGAAUUCAAAUUAAUUGAACCGGAAGAAGUAGCGCGAAGAUGGGGGAUCCAAAAGAACCGCCCGGCAAUGAAUUAUGAUAAACUUAGUAGAUCAUUAAGAUAUUAUUAUGAAAAAGGAAUUAUGCAAAAAGUUGCUGGUGAAAGAUAUGUUUAUAAAUUUGUCUGUGAUCCAGAAGCAUUAUUUAACAUGGCCUAUGGUGUUGGAGUUUCAAAUCCAACCGUUGAAUCUUCAGGAACAGUAGCCAGAACUAGUAUUAAUAAAAUUGAAACCACUGCAAAUAUUUCGGAUUCCACAAAACAUCCAUCAGAAGGGUAUGGAGAUGCUGUCCUUGCGAUGUAUUCAAAUACAACUAUGUAUGGGCAAUCAAGCUUACAUCACUUACAUCAGUAUCUCGGAACGAACGAUAGUUUCAAAACACCACCAGCACGCUUACAUACUCAUCAUCACACCCAUCAGUACAAUAGUCAUCUUCACCACCAUUAUCAUCACCAUCAUCAUUCUUCUUCACCGUAUUCCGACUCAUUUUUAAACUAUAGCCGUCUAUCGCAGGAAUUACCAUAUGAUAUUAGAACUCAAGAGCAUAUUAAUUCGACGUGUAAUGAUUAUUUCCACGAUGAGCAUUCUAACAAAGUCAAGGAGUCAUCAGUAGCAUUCGAUUCAUCACAAAUACGAAGCCAAUUGUCCAGUUCCAUAUCAAGCUCAGAAAAUUCUAAUAUUUUGGAAACUACAUCCACUAGUUCAAAAAUUGAACAAGCUUAUAGUUGUUUGAGUGUUGAUAGCUGUGUAUGUUAG